AUGGUCCGUGUCGCUAAAGAUUCCUUCCACAGACUUGAGCAGGCCUAUGCAAACUUGACCGAGGACCGACUGAAGAGGGCCGAAGUGGAGAUGCGGGAGACGAGGACUACGUCGGACCCCGACAUAUCGCUCUUGCUUCGCGAGCUGUCGAUCUUUGGCCAUGCACAGCCGCUCUCGAACGAAUCCCGUUUACUUAUGCGGAGGAAGAUACAAGCUCUAGACAUCCGCGCCGGUAUGCCUGCAAUCUGGAUUACCAUCAGUCCCAACGACAUUAAUAACCCGGUAAAGAUGAAGCUUGCCAUUCAUAGGCUCCACGAUUACGAGUCUGCGAAGGAGCUUUUGGCCGAUCUCCGUGAAAAGUACGACAGGAUCGCCCUGAGCACCAUGGAUCCGGUCAGCUCGGCCAUCUUCUUCCACCGAGAAAUAUCCCUAUUCUUUGAAAAGUAUGUGAAUACAGGCCGGGAAUCGAUCUUCGGGAAGAUCAGCCACUACUACGCGACGGUGGAAACGAAUGAGCGAGGCAGCCUCCACUUGCAUGGACUCCUCUGGCUGGACGGCAACAUGCGCUUACCGAACUUGAUAGACGACAUGGCCAAUCCCGCGGAAGAAGCAUAUCGCGCCCAGGUGAUUCGAUAUAUAGACUCCGUCUUUCAUGAGUGUCUAGAUGAAGAUGCCGGAAAAGCCGUGCGACAGGAGAGGAAGCCCAUCGAUCCCGUGGAGGAGGUCAUGACCAGCACCUCGGCUCUCACUGCGGCUUUUGAAGACGAAUCGAAUUUUAUCGCAUACUCCUGCCGCUUCAAGGCACCGUGGAAGAUCGUCGAGCAGACAGGAUUCACAGAGGAUGGCUUGCUUCAGAUUCGGCGCAACCAUCCACUCGUCAACCGGUAUAACAAGUCGUUGGCGGUCGGCCUUCGCCACAACCACGACGUCUCGAUGAUCUUGACCAAGACCAAGGGCCUGGCCAUGGUGUACUACAUCACGAACUACGCCACCAAGCUGGAUACGCCGAUGUGGAAGCGCAUUGCUCUCGCCACCGAGGUUGCCCGCCAACUUCGCGAGGCCGGUCGUCCGACGUCUCGCGCGCCAGGUCCCGCCCUGCCCGACGAGAGGCACCAGGCGGUAUUGAACGAAAGCCGUCAAUUCCUGAUGAGAACGGCAAAUCGCAUCUUCUCCGAGCGACAACUCUCGGCUGUCGAGGAUUCAGACUGUGAAGGCUGGAUGCAAAAGCUUCGACGGCCCGACCAGUACGCCGUCCCGAUCUUCCAAGGAUACAUCAGCGACGACCACGAGGACGAUCACCCAGUCUAUAUUAAGCGAAACUCUGUCCUACAUUUGGCGUUAUUCGUCCCUUGGGAAAACUUCACUUCUGAGAGCCUAGGUGAUAUAACCGACAUAUGGACGACGCAUCGAGCGGGCCUUUGUCCCCGCCUCCGUUUCUACGUCUCUAACAUUUGUCUUUUGAGAAAGUCUGCCGAAGACGCGCGUAAGGACGCGAAGCUCUGGGCCAGUCGGUCGGAGGGCGACGACACAAUUGACGUUGAGUACCCGCUUGACGAUGGCCGAUACGAAGAAGAGCCUCCAGCGAUGGCUCAUCGUCAGGCCUACAGAGCUCUCCAGAUUUUGCGAAAUGCCGUGCGGGACACGGACGCCACAAAAGACUCCCCCGUCCUUGGAGGUUUAAUACACGAUCUGUGCGAAGAGAACCCGGCUGGAGAAGAGCAACCUUUGUCCAACGUCAAGAGGAUCUCGGCCAAGGCCCAACAACUAUUGCAUCUUCGGAUGCUAGACGACAUUGAGGGUGGUUCCCAGGGGACCAUGCUUUCCGCGGAUGGCGCCGACAUCGACGAUACGCUAGCUCGCUACGGCGAUACGGAGUCCCCUGCUGCGCUCCCGGGCAGCGACCUCAAUGAACGAGGCCCUCGGAUGCUUGUCGACGUCAGUCCGGCAACUAGCUUCGCGGAGAUGGGACACACCGCCGCGGCCAGCUUUACACUGAACUAUCUACAGACCAUGGCCCUUCAACUCGUUUGCCUGUUUCUGGACAAGUAUACUGCCAAUCCGGACUCAGCGGGUCAGCAUCUUCAAUACACCGGCGGGCCGGGUGGCACGGGAAAGUCGAGGAUUAUCGAUGCCCUGAAGGACGUGUUCGCGGCGAGGAACCAGCCGCAUCUUCUGCAGAUAACCGGCACGUCGGGCAGUUCGGCGGCCCAGAUUGGCGGCACGACCAUCCACUCGGCCUGUGGAUUGUGGCAUCUGUUCAAAACCGUGGUGCUCCUCGAAGACCAAGUCCGCGCACGCAACGAUCCCCAGCUCCGUGCACUCCUGGAUCGAGUUCGUAACGGGCGCCAGACCCAUGAAGAUCUGAGCUUGCUCAAUGCCAACAUUGUAGGACGCUCGCAAAUCACCUUCCACGAUGGUUUGCGCGCUAUAACGCCGCUGAACCGCACCCGGUGGGCCCUCAACAUGGAAGCUGUUGUGGGCUGGGCGCGCUUCAACAAGCGGCACAUCCGUAUCUUUGUCUCGACUCACACCUGGCGCAACGGCACGCUGUCUCCAAACCUCAUAGCGCGAACCAUCGGACAAGGCGACGACUCUGCCUGCAAAGUCCCCGGCGUCUUCUUCUACGCCCAGGGCAUGCCCGUGGUUGUGAACAAGAACAUCUACACUGGCCUGAAGGUGGUGAAUGGGGCUGACUUUACUGCCGUGGACGUGAUAAUCGAUCCCAAUCACCCGGGAUACUGCUUGGCAGAUGACGUGACCAUCCACUUCGGGCCGCCGCUCGGCAUUCUUCUGCAGUCCGAGGAGACGAAGACCUUGGCGAUACCGUCCCUCCCGGUGGGGACAGUACUUAUCCGGCCCAUGUCGCAUACACUUGAUUCGACUAACUCACUUCAAGUUCUUAUCCGCAAGAUGCACGCGACGUGGACUGCCCGCUGUACCAGCGUUCGUUCUCACUGA